CUCCCAUUUCUCUUCUUCUCUUCUUCGUUGUUCAACCCAUCCCCUUUAAACCCUCCCAAAACCUCCUUCCUUCUCUCCCAUCAAACCUCACCUCAAACCCCACCAAAAUCAAUGGCUCAAAACAACACUUUCCCCACCAAACCUAGGCUCCUCCCAUCCUCCUCCAAAAACCCCAAAACCCCAGAAUCCAAUUACUGGCGUUCUUUCAAGACCACCCAAAUCACCUCCUCUCUCAUUCACCCCAUCACUUCCAUCUCCUUCUCUCCUUCUCCUCCUCACCCCUUCUCUUUCUCCUCCUCAGCUUCCAUCUCCAUCUACAACUCUACCUCCUUCUCCCUCUCCUCCACUCUCUCUUCCCCCUUCCCUGACAUCGCCUACUCUCCUUCCUUCCGUUGUGAUGGCCUCCUCCUCGCUGCUGGGUCCCACCCCGGCCCCAUCCUCGUCUUCGACCCUUCCUCCCGCCUCCCUCUCCGUCGCCUCAAUUCCCACUCCCGACCCUCCCGCCUCGUCCGCUACCCCCGCCUCUUUGACAAGCUUCACCUUUUCUCCGCCGGUGACGACUCCCUCCUCAAGUACUGGGAUGUCGCAUCCGGCACCGAGCUCCUCUCAUUCCAGGCCCACAAGGACUACGUCCGUGCCGGCUCCCCUUCCCCCGCCAGCCCCGAAUUGUUCGCCACUGGCUCCUAUGACCACACCGUCAAGCUCUGGGACGUCCGUCCUGGCUCGUCGGCUGCCCCCGUCUUGAGUCUUGGCCAUGGGAAGCCUGUCGAGGACGUCCUGUUCCUCCCGUCUGGUGGCCUCCUUGCGACCGCAGGUGGGGCUGAUGUCAAGAUAUGGGACAUCAUCGGUGGUGGGAAGCUUUUGUGCACGGUCGAGAGCCAUAACAAGACAGUUACAUCCAUGUGCGUCGGGAAAGUGUCGAAGGAUGGCAACGAUCAGUUUCGUCUCCUCAGCGUCUCGUUGGAUGGGUAUUUGAAGGUUUUUGAUUAUUCUGCAUUUAAGAUCAUGCACUCGGUGCGGUACCCCGCCCCACUCCUGUCGGUUGGGUUCUCACCUUCGGGCUCUGGGUGGGCUGUCGGAUCGUCGAAUGGCAUCCUUUUUGCAGGGAGGAGGAAGAAAGAUGUGCGUGCAGAUGAGGGGGAUGGUGCUUCUGGCUUGCUUGGAAGUGAACCAGAGAAACGGGUCUUGAGGCCCACAAACUUUAGGUACUUCCAGCGCGGUCAGAAUGAGAAACCGUCAGAAGGGGAUUUCGUUGUCAAGAAGCCGAAGAAGGUGAAGUUGGCAGAGCAUGAUAAGCUGCUGAGGAAAUUCAGGCAUCGGGAAGCGCUUGUGUCAGCAUUGAACAGGAAGAAUCCACAGAAUGUUGUGGCGGUUAUGGAGGAGCUGAUCGCACGGAAGAAGCUGUUGAAAUGUGUGUCGAAUUUGGAUACGGAGGAGCUUGGAUUGCUCUUGGGUUUUCUGCAUAAGUACUCAACAGCACCAAGAUUUGCCGGUUUCUUGAUCGGGCUGGCUAAGCGGGUCCUACAGAUGCGGGCCAAGGAUGUUAGGGAUUCAGAUGUCUUGCAAGGACAUAUUAGGAACUUGAAGCGGGUGGUUGUGGAGGAGAUAAAGAUACAGCAGUCGUUGCAGGAGAUACAGGGUAUUAUCUCGCCAUUGCUCAAGAUUGCUGGGAGAUGAGGCUAAUGACAAUUAGUUAAUAGAAGAGUGUAUUACAAAGGUUAGUUUUGAUAUUUCCUUUGAUAACAUAGAAUUAUUUUUUUUUAAAUGUUUUUGUAUCUGAUUUUGAUUUAUGUUUCUGGUUGUUUUUUAAUGAAAUUUUGAUAUUCAGUCA